AUGGAGCUGGGCGUGGCGGAGCUGGCGAUGGCCCUGCUGGGCGUCACGCUGCUGGCGCUGCUCGCGCUCUGGAUGUACCGCAUGGUGCAGUACCGCAAGGCCGUGCGCCGCUCGCAGGCGCGCUGGCUGGACUACGAGCCGGCGCCCGUGCUCACGGAGAGCGAGCUGGGGCUCAACUGGCCCAGCCUCAAGCCCAUCCUGCUGUCCCCCAUACCCGAGGAGCGCCUCGAGAGCGGACGGGAGUCGGAGAACGACACGGUGCUGUCGAUGCGCAGGGACUCGCUGCGGCUGAGCGCCAUCUCGGUCAUCGCCUACGGGAGCUUCGAUCAGCCUGUGGCCAAGACCGCCAAGGUGUAG